AUGGAAAUAACAAAAAAUCUACAAAAUACUGGAGCAUUGCCCACAGAUGUCGACACACAAACAAAUACACCUGAAAAUGAAAUUGAAAUCAUUGAAGCAGAGUCAUCGGACGAUGAAAAUCAAAUAAAUAGUCCUGGAAGAAAUUAUCUUACAAGUGGAGAUGAAUUUUCCGACUUUGGGAGUGAUGAUUCUAUCAUAGAUAAAGACUAUUACCCAUCUUCGUCGGAUUCUGAUGAAAAUCCACAUAAUCUGUUUGAUGAUACAAUCGAAGGCAGUGCCGCCGAGGUCGAUGAUUUCGAUUCAAAUACAGCUGAUGAAAAUGAAGCUAAUGACACCACAGAUGAUGAAAAUGGAAAUAUGCCGCAUGUUGGGCUAGAUACUAAUAAUUGGCAAGACAUUGUUGAAGAUAAUUUUUAUAGCAGCUUGCCUCUAGCAAAAAAACUAUAUGAGGAAAAAAUUGUCUACUGCGGAACACUACGUGCAAAUAGGAAAGGAAUCCCAAAAUCUUUCCAAAAAAAGUUAAAAAAAGGAGAGACGUACGGUCAACAAAAUGGGUGCGUUAAAAUUAUAAAAUGGGUUGAUAAAAGACCAGUUUUAAUGCUGACUACCAAUCCUACUCAUAUUAGCACUGUUGAAGCAACUGGAAAAAAAUCAAGAAAGGGUGAAGAUAUUGUAAAGCCUAAGUGUGUUACAGAUUAUAACAAAGCUAAAAAAGGAGUUGAUUAUAGUGACCAGAUGUCUUCAUAUCACUCGGUUCUACGUCGAGGCCUAAAAUGGUACAGAAAAGUUAUGAAUGAAUUUUUAUUUGGAACAUGUAUCGUAAAUGCCUGGAUCAUUUUCAAUCGGAUUUCAAAGAAGAAAAUGUCAAUAACCGAAUUUAGAAAAACAUUAGCGGAACAGUUAAGAGAUCCUCCUACAGUUGUUUCCGAACCAACAACACGUAAAAGGAUUCACACUUUCAGAAAACCAACUGGCCCAGGAAGAAAAAAAAAAGGAAGAUUUGUAGAGGAUGCUAUCAAAACCUUCGGACAACUGUAUCCAGCCGUGAAGCAAAUAAGAAAGUCACCAAAGUAA